AUGGUAUCGCAACCGCGCUUCCACCCCUGCUACGGUGUCAAGUGCCCUCACGUGUCCAAGUGCGCGUUGCAGGGCGGUGCAGUGGUGUGCAAAUGUCCUGCUCCCUUCAAGCGCCUGAUCAACAACCGGUGCUCAUCUGACGAUUAUCCCAACUCCGACUAUCUCGACCCACACAACGCUGCCAGGGCUGCUGUGGGUGCCGUGCCCCUCGAGUGGGACGACGCAGUGGCUGAAACAGCCCAGGCGUGGGCCGACAAGCUAGCCAGCGACAAUAACUGUGGCCUCGAGCACGGUGGCAUGGGGGAGGGCGAGGGGCAGAACCUCUCAGGCGCGGGUCCGGCUGGGUGGGCGUCGAACAGUGAUGCAGUGCAGUGGUGGGUGGGCGAGGGGAAAUGGUACAAACGUCCACCUGCUGUCUUCCCUGCUGGCUGCAUUGGUGGCGACUGGGGCAGAUGCGGCCACUACACGCAGGUGAUUUGGAACAACUCCCGCAAGGUGGGGUGUGGCAAGGCGUCGUGUGGCGAGGACAGCGACGUGUGGGCGUGCAACUACUACCCCGCGGGCAACUUCGUGGGCGAGCGCCCUUAUGCCCCGGACCCCUGCUUCCGAGCCCUCUGCCCCUCUACGUCCACAUGUGCUGCUGUGGAUGGCAAGCCCGUCUGCCUGUGUCCGCGGGGCCAAGUGCUGGUCAAUGGCAGCAAAUGUCAAGCAGACCCAUGCAAAGGCGCGGCUUCUUGUGCUGGGGACUAUGUGUGUGACGGCACAUCGGGUGCGGCCAAGUGUGUGUGUCCCAAGGGCACUGUGCAGAUCGCCCCCAACACAUGCCAGGCGCCUUCGUGCAAGGGAGUGAAGUGCCCGGCCUCUGCUCGCUGCAGGGCUGACAGCAACGGCAUCCCCUUCUGUGCCUGCCCUGCCUCCCAAUCCCUUGUCAACGGUGCAUGCACUAAAGCCGGACCCUCCACAGUCACCACAAGCAUCGUUCUCUUCAACCGCCCGUCCUUCGCUGGCACUCCCAUUGUGCUCCGAGGCCCCACUCCCGACACCGACGAUCCCACUGGCUGCGUCAACAUCCCCGCCCCCAUGGCCGGGGCUGUGGGUUCCCUGAAGAUUCUUUGGGAUGCUCCUGAUGGGGCUAAGGGGGCGAGGGUCACUUGUGGGAUGAUGUGGUUUUGGAAUGAUGCGGAUUGCUAUGGAGGGGCGCCAGGUUGGGGCAGACCCGACAACAAUGUUACCAUCGCCAAGACCACCGAGGGAGGAGUUGCGGAGGUAAAAGCAAUUAGCUGCGGGUCAUAA